UUGUUGCCAUAGGUAACCUGGUCCAGAAGAACCAGCACGCGCCGACUAUCUGAACAUUCUAGAACUCUGUGAGAUGUCUGCACUGCCUGCAAAGCCCGGCCUGCGUCACAGUGUGUCAGAGUGGAACAGCAACAACCACCAACUGUCUGCCACAGCACAGCAUGAGCGAUAUGUUUCGAAUGUGAUCCGGCAGGACGGGAGGUCACUACGCAACGAGACCACCUGCAAAACAACCUGGGAUGAAAUCGACACCUCUCGCAGGUUGAGUGAGCGGCUGUGGGAUGUUUCCCGGUGGAAAGAGGCGUUAGAAACCUGCGCACAGAAAGUGGAUGAAGAGAUGGAGGCUCUGACGCUGUCCAAAGAGAAAACCGAACAGGCCCUGGCUGCAACCGCAGUUCCCCUGGAGGUCGGCAGCGAAUGCGUGACGCUGAGGGAUGGACGGCGAGGGUACGAGCUCGCCACUGACCCCGUUGACGAGCAGCUGAAAAAAGAAGUGGAGCUGAUUGAAAGAGUGCAACAAGUUCUGCAGCAGCACAUAGACAAGGCCUUUGAGCAACUGUGUGUUUUGCAGGAGGCUCGGCACCAGCUGACCGCUGAUAUCCAGAACAAGAUGGACGCCCUGGACAUUGAUAUGUCCUGCCUGUCACUUACAAUAAAGUCACCUCAGAUCUCCCUGAAGACCAACCCAACUCGCAUACCAUCAGGUUCCUGCACCCCCCAGGAGUGGGUCCAGUUCAGCCAGUAUAAUGUGGCUCGUGCCCAGGAGGCCAUGCAGGUGUCCCAGCAAAUGAGGGAGGACAUGAGUCUCACCGUAGCCCAGCUCCAGAAUGAGUUAGACACUCAGCGCAGGGCCACCGAGUUUGCUCUCCGUAAGCGCAAUCACCAUGAAGAGCAGGCCCGCGAUGAGCUGGAGUGGCAAAUAAGAACUACUGAAGAUGAAAUGGCAGAAAUGGAGAGCGAUAUUUACGGACUGGACGCAGACCUUCAGGCAAAGACGGCCUCACUGAAACUGGCUCACACCAGACUGGAGAACAGGACCAGCAGACCUGGCAUGGACCUGUGCAGAGAUGAGGUGCAGCACGGCCUCAUUGAUGAAGUCCAUCAGCUGGAGGCCACAAUCACAGCUCUGAAACAGAAGCUUUCUGAGGCUCAACACUCUCUGCAGAAGAUGAAGCUCCAUCACAGCCGUAUGCUGCAGGAUCUUUCCAGAAAACAUGAAGCCCUGUCUCUGGAACAACGAAGCAUGAACACCCGUACUCGCCUCACGACACCCUCCUGCACUGAGAAAGCCCCGGUGCUGCUGGUCCCGCUCGCAAACUCCAGCGGCAGGAGCAACCUGCAGCUGCUCGCUCAGUAACAUGAGAUCUGAAUUU